AUGGCUACUUUCCAAGAGAAGCUACUCUACACAUUGGGAAUUCUGGCAGCCAUGGGAUCCGGAACAGUCCUGCCUUUGAUGACUCUAAUUUUUGGUAACUUUGUGUCGGUAUUCACCGAUUUCGCUUUGGGUCGGAUCUCUAGCGAGAACUUCCGAGGCAAAGUAAAUCAUUACACGUUAUACUUUGUCUACAUGUUCAUUGCAAAGGCUGCCUGCACAUAUAUCUACAUGUUUCUAUUUACAGUUGUCGCAGCCAGCGUUAAUUCUGCCGUUCGAAGGAAAUAUCUAAAUGUUGUACUUCAUCAACGAAUCGCCUACCAUGAAACCAUUCUCACAUCGGGAGCCGUCUCUCUCGCCCUCUCGACGCAUUCAAAUACCAUUCGUUCUGGUCUAGCUGAGAAAUUUGGUCUGUCGCUCAAGAGUAGUUCUACUGUUGUAGCGGCUUUCGUUGUGGCACUUCAUUCUCAGUGGAAAUUGGCUUUGGUCACGGCCACGAUCAUUCCUGCUGCGGUUGUGGCGGUUGGAAUUACAAGUGUAUUUGAUGAGAAGCAAGAAGAAAGGCUCAAUGCCAUCAAUGCAGAGGCCGCAACACUCGCAGACGAGGUGAUAAGCUCCAUGCGGACUGUCAGAGCUCUCAGAGCCGAAGGGGCAUUAGGUGGAAAAUACGAGAGUAUGCUGAGGCGUGCCGUUGCAGUUGGGCUUGCACGAUCACCAGUCAAGGGAAUCCAGGCCGGAGUGUACAUGUUCAUGCUUUAUGGAGGAUAUGCCCUUGCAUUUUGGUAUGGAUUGAAACUCUACGUUGAUGGUGAAGCGGCAACAGCUGGCACAGUCAUCACUACCCUCUUCUCCAUUAUGAUUGGUGUGAACUCAUUUUCUGAACUCGCUGGCUAUCUUGGACCGUUUUUGCGAAUCAAAUCUGCUGGAGCAGAGCUUUUUAAAGUCAUUGAUUCAGCCUCAAUGGCGGAAUCGAGCUUGGCGCCGGAUGCAAGCCCUAAUUAUACAACAGAUCAUUUCCGGCAGGAUAUUGCUUUUGACAACAUAUCAUUCAAUUAUCCAACCAGGAAAAAUGUUACGGUUCUAAGUGAAUUCUCUCUCAACAUUCCUGCUGGUAAAACUACUGCUUUGGUGGGCCCAAGUGGCUCCGGCAAGUCAACUGUUGUCGGGCUGCUUUUGAGAUGGUACGAUGCUGCCAGUGGGCAGAUCAAGAUAGGUGAAUCUGGCUUGCAUGAAAUCUCACUUCAGAAACUGAGGGCAAAUAUUGGACUUGUACAACAGGAGCCUUAUCUUUUUACCGGUACUAUAUACGAAAAUAUCGAGUAUGGGUUAUCAGGAAGCCCGUUAGAACAGCUGUCAGCCGAGGAUAAGAAGCGCUUGAUUGUAGAAGCUUGCAAGACCUCUAAUGCUCAUGACUUCGUCACUAGACUUCCUCAGGGAUACGAUACCCCAAUUGGUAACCGAGGCACGAUGCUCUCUGGUGGUCAGAAACAGCGGCUGGCCAUUGCACGAGCAAUAGUCAAGGAUCCGCCCAUUCUAAUUCUCGAUGAGGCUACGAGCGCCCUUGACGUGAAUUCAGAGGCCACCGUUCAACGCGCCCUUGACAAUGCUCGUGAAAAUAGAACAACCAUAUCGAUUGCCCAUCGCCUUACUACAAUCAAGGCUGCUGAUCAGAUCGUGGUAAUGAAAAAGGGCGAGGUCGCCGAAGUGGGCACACAUAUGACUCUACUCGACCAGGAAAAUGGUAUUUAUAAACGGCUAUGGGAGGCGCAAAUGCUAUCGCAAAGUCAACAUCCCAUGAAAAGAGAGGAUGAGGAGCUAGAGCCUGUGAAUAGCGACCCUCUUCUACGAAAGGAAUUGACGCAGGUUCAAGAUACAUCUGGCAAUGCGUCAGAGCAGACGAGCCAAGAACACAAGAGAAGGGGGAUAUUUACCCUUACUAGGGAAAUUCUCUCGUCUCAAAAGAAGCACUGGUGGAUAUUUUUUAUUCUCUUUGCGUCUGCAACCGUUGGAGGUGCACUGUUUCCUGUGCAAGCGUUCCUUUACGCUAGAGUGGUGACAACUUUCCAGUUAACUGGUGCAUCCCUCGUAUCCCACGGUAAUUUCUGGAGCCUCAUGUGGUUCAUACUGGCCAUCGCAGUCGGCCUCGGAUACUUGGGAGUGGGAUGGGCGGGAGCAGCAUUGGGAGAGCUUGUGGCUCAGGCAUAUCGAUAUGCCUACUUACGCUCUAUAAUGUCUCAAACCAUGUCAUUUUUUGAUCUUGAAGAGAAUUCUGUUGGUAGCUUGCUAUCCAGGCUUUCCUCAGAUCCCGACGCAGUCAACGCUCUCGCGGGAAGCAACCUCGCAGUUAUUGUAACCGUUGGAGUCGCACUAAUUAGCUGCGUUGCACUUGCUUUAGCUGUUGGCUGGAAACUUGGCCUCGUGGUACUUUUUGGUGGGUUUCCAUUUAUUUUCGGAGCCGGAGUUGUCCAUGAAAGAAUGCAGAACUCGUUUGAAGAGAAGGCCGGCGCGAUGCUCGCUGACAGUGUUGGCUUUGCUAGCGAGGCUAUUCAAGCCAUUCGCACUGUUUCAGCACUAAACACAGAGCCACUGAUUGAAAAGAAGUUUGGGAAGUUGCUAGAGGAAUACAGCCGCAAUGCCUGGCGAUAUGCAGUUCGGAGUAUGACUUGGUUUGCUUUGAGCGAUAGUAUUGACUUGCUGUGUAUGGCUCUGGCUUUCUGGUAUGGAGGGCGCCUAUUAUCUUUCCAAGAGUAUACGACAACCCAGUUUUUUAUCGUCUUCAUAGCCGUUGUGUUCGGAGCCCAAACGACGGGGCAAUUCUUUGCUCAUAGCUCAGACAUAUCUCAAGGCAUAUCAUCAACCCGUGCGAUAUAUGGAAUGGAAGAUUCUAUACCAGAUGUAUCCAAAUUGAACCAGAUGGCACCAGACAUUUCUGUUAUUGACCAAGAGGCCCCUCUCAUCGAAUUUCGCGACAUAGAUUUCGCAUACCCUGCCAGGCCAUCUCAGAUUGUGCUGAAGCGUUUCAACUUAAAACUAUACAAAGGACAAUCUAUCGCGUUAGUAGGGCCUUCUGGGUGCGGCAAGUCCACCAUAAUUCAACUUCUUGAGAGAUUUUAUGAGCCACUGGCCGGGGAAAUUGUGGUUGCAGGCGCCCCAAUCCAGAGCUAUACGCCCGAAAUUUCUCGCACAUUAUUUUCUCUCGUCAGCCAAGAACCAGUGCUAUAUCAUGGCACAGUCGAGGAAAACAUUAACUUGGGGAGAGCCACGCCAUUGUCUCCAGUGGAGCUGGAGCGCGUGAUUGACCAGUCGCAGCUUCGAGAUUUGAUCUCAUCUCUUCCUGACGGAGUGAAAACAUCGGUGGGAUCUCGAGGCACCCAACUCUCCGGUGGUCAGAAACAGCGCAUCGCGAUUGCGAGAGCAAUUGCCAUGGACGCACCAAUUCUACUUCUCGAUGAAGCCACCAGUGCCUUGGAUAGCGAAAGCGAGCAACUUAUUCAGGCUGCUAUCAGGGAAGGGACUCACGGCAAGACUGUUAUAUCGAUAGCACAUCGGCUGUCUACAAUCCAACAUUGCGACUGCAUAUACGUCCUGGAUGGUGGAAGAAUAACUGAGAGUGGAACACACUAUGAACUCUUGGAAUCUAAGGGCCAAUAUUGGUCCAUGGUGAUGGCUCAGAUCGGCGUCGGGGAGUCUUGA